AAAUGAUUUACUAAAACAUUCAAAAUAAGUGCACGCCACGUUUUUUAAUUCAUAUUUUUAUAGUAAAACUUAAAACAUAUAAAAAACAAAUUAAAAUUCAAAAUAAUUACAAUCCUGUUGUAAUUGUCAAAGGUAAAAAACACAGAAGUCAAGCAGGACGUGCGAUUCAAAAUAUAACCUAAGAUUGAAUUGAACUUUAUUGAAGUACACGAAAAUUUCAAAAACAUUAAUAAAAAUGUGGAUAAAUCGAAGAUUUUUACAGUGCACAACACACCUGUACAAGAAUCUCACCAAUAAUACCCAACAAACAUUUGGAAACUCCACAAUUAUUCGAAAUAUUCAUAAAUCAAUGCCUUAUAAAGGAACAAGUACCUAUGAAGGGGAAGGCAAGACAACUGUUCAUAUUCUUAAUAAUGAAGCUGAUUUAGGUAUAAUGAUCAAUGGAGUAAGCCAAGUUGGAUUCCGAUUGAACAAUGAUAUGACUGUUCUUGGCCCAAUGUUAAUAUUUCCUAGAUCUGUAUUAUCAUGGGAUGUGGCAUCUGUUGAAGACAUCAAUGAAGACUCACUUGCAAUGUUCACGAUUCUCGAACCGAAAGUAGAUAUUCUUGUAGUUGGGAUAGGCGAUAGAAUUCAAGACUCAUGUGUGUAUAGAACAUUAAUACCCUUGAGCCGCAAAUUAAAACUAAGUAUGGAGAUUCUCCCUACGGAACAGGCUUGCGCCACGUUUAACUUUCUAAAUUCUGAGGGCCGUUUCGCUGUGGGGGCGAUGAUACCGCCGAAAACGCUAAUUCCGACUGACGAUGACAUCGCGCAAACCAAGUUGAGAUAUCAGAAUAUUUAUGAAAUUGAAGAACCGCUUAAGUUUUAAUGUAUGUAAUUUAAUUAAUAUUGAAAUUAAUUAUAUUACAAGUGAUAAUAGACCUGUUUGUGUAAAUAAAUUUGUUUGUCGUUUAAA